UACCUCUUCAUUUCCUCUUUCAGAUCAAAAUCAAAGAAACAAAAAAUACAAAGCAUCCUCUUAUCUCUAUAUUCUUAAUUUCCUUCCCUUAAUCCUCUACAGACUUGCAUUUUAGAUCCACACCAUGUAAACGAAAACGAUGUUCCUUACAAUCGAGACGCUGACUCGCUGCGAUUAACAAGAGAGGGCAAUGAGAGUGGCUUCUGGAUGCAAAUUAGCAUGGCUAUGGAAGGGUAGGAAACCAUAUUUGGGUUGGAUUAAGUUGGAUGUGUGUUAUACCUGAUGGGUUUCCUGGGUUCUUCAAGGGCACAUUGAAUUAUUGGUAUCCAGUGGUUUUAGUGAUGCCGGAGAAGGGAGCUAUGAGCUGGCCUUCAUCGUCAAAACAAAGUCCUCUGCUUCAAUGGCGACUUGCGUUACUUACAGCUCUGGUUCUUGUGGGAAUGGUGUUGAUUUGGAGCAUGGAUGCAACAACUAUGAAGAACUUGGUUGAAGCUACCAAGUCUCAGCAAGGUUAUUUCACUACAAAGGUUAGUACUUUUGCUAAUAAUCUUGCUCAGAACCAUGAGAAUGUUGAAGUUAGCACAGCCCCCAGUGUAGUUAAUCAGACCCAGAAAGAAACCGACUCGACUCAGUUGAAACCCGAGAUUGAUUCUCAGAACCCAGUGAAUGAUAGCACAGCCCCCAUUGUAGUUAAUCAGACCCAGAAAGAAACAAACUUAGCCCAGAAAGAAACCAACUUGACCCGGUUGAAACCCGAGAUUGAUUCUCAGAACCCAGUGAAUGAUACCCAGUAUGAGACCCUUUCUGGUCAGAAAUCAACUGGGGUUUCUGUGAUUCCUGCUAUGUUGAAGUGGGUUUCUGCUAAUUUAGAGCCUGAUGUGACAAAGAGUCUCCUAGCUAAAUGGUUAGCACCAGGAGGAGAGCCUUGUAGAGAUGCUAGGACUGUUGGAAUAGCAAUUCCUGGUUUGGAUGGUAAGGAUCUGGUUGAGUUGUCAGCUGGUGAAAUCUAUGAGUUUGGGUUUCAAGCUUUAGAUGAGAAUAAGAAGCCUAGGUGUCUAGGUGGGGAUUACUUUGAGACAGAUCUUUCUGGGGAGUCAUGGAAAUCUAGGCCUGUUGUGAAAGAUUUUGGUAAUGGGUCUUAUUCGCUUUCGCUUCAAGUUCAUCCAGACUUUGUGGGAUCUUACAAUCUUACUAUAAUCCUACUGUUUAGGCAUUUUGAGGGUCUUAAAUUCUCACCUAACCGGUUUGCAUACGAUAGAGAGCUUCGCAGAAUUCCAAUCAGGUUUUACAAAGGCUCGGCUCAAUUGCCAGAGCUACAAGUUUGCAAAGAAUCUGAUUUUGGAAGAGAUGUUUGGACUGGAAGGUGGACUAGGCAUGGUAAGAAUGACAAGUGUGAGAUUAGUCAGGAUGGUCGAUACAGGUGCUUAUCCCCAAGUUUUCCUUGCCUGAGUCCUUGGUGUAAUGGUUCAUUGGGGUCUUUGGAAAGUAAUGGUUGGGUUUACUCCACACAUUGUUCGUUCAGAUUGUUUUCAGCUGAUUCUGCUUGGAAUUGCUUGAAUAACCGGUGGCUUUUCUUCUGGGGUGAUUCCAAUCACGUUGAUUCGAUACGAAACAUUCUCAACUUUAUCUUGGAUAUGCCUGAAGUGCUUUCAGUUCCUAGACGGUUUGAUAUGCACUUCACAAACCCGAAAGACCCUUCACAGAAGGUUCGAAUUACAAGCCUUUUUAAUGGUCAUUGGAAUGAAACACAGAAUUACCAGGGUUUGAAUUCCUUGAAAGAUGAAGGAUUCAGGAAUUUGAUCAAGAAGUAUUUCUCGGAAGAAAAAGUUCCAGAUACUAUAAUCAUGAACUCAGGCUUACAUGAUGGCGUAUUUUGGUCCAACAUAAGAUCUUUUUCUGCUGGGGCAAGCUAUGCAGCAUCAUUUUGGGUGGAAGUUAUGGAUUCAAUAAGGCAGAGAGGUUUGGUGGUGCCAAAAGUCUUUUACCGGACCACAAUAGCCACUGGUGGGUAUGCGCGAACUCUGGCGUUUAAUCCUAAUAAGAUGGAGACAUUCAAUUGGAUACUCAUAGAGAAAUUGAAGCAAGCUGGUAUCCUUACUGGUGUGAUUGACAAUUUUGACAUGACCUUCCCGUGGCAUUUUGAUAAUCGUUGCAAUGAUGGAGUGCACUAUGGCCGAGCUCCUGCAAAGGCAAAGUGGAGGGAUGGCCUCAUUGGACACCACUAUUUUGUGGACCUUAUGCUGGAUCAUAUAGUGCUGAAUGUAUUAUGUACAACCAGAUAGGAAGCUGCUGCAAACAUGUGAAGCAAUUCAAAUUUUUGCUGAAAUUUUUCAACAAGUGGUGUUCCAGUGCUAUCAAGAGUAUCUGAAAUGCAGGCUCAUCCCUGAAUGCCAGAAUGAAGGGCAUUAGCUUAAGAGAGCUGUGAAUUGAAGGCAAAGUAUGACGUAUAUGAGGUGGAGCAUUCUUGGUUUUGAUCCAUAUUGUUCAUUAGAUUGAGUUUGGCAUAUUCUUUAUUUGUUUAUAUAUAGUUAGAUAUGGUUAGAGUCGAGUGAUCCCACAGGUUGUACAGCAUAAGAGGUUCUUGAAUUUUAAGAAAUUAAUGAAUUUGUAUGAGCUAUCAUCAUCUUAAGGUAUUGUAUAUCUUUUACAUGCU